UGCCCCCGGCGCUGUCCCGGCCAUGCCGCUGCCCGUGGCUCUCCAGUCCCGCCUGGCCAAGCGGGGGCUGCUCAAGCACGUGGAGCCCGAGCCCGAGGAGGAGAUCAUCGCUGAGGAUUACGACGACGCCCACGUGGAUUACGAGGCCUCGCGGCUCGAGGGGCUGAUGCCGCCCUGGUACAAAGUCAUCGACCCCACCUGCGGGCUGCCCUAUUACUGGACGGUUGGACACGGACCUGGUGUCGUGGCUGUCCCCGAGCGACCCCAACUCCGUCAUCACCAAACCCGCCCGAGAGCGCGCGGCGCCGCAGAGGCCGAGGAGCCCCCCGAGAAGGAGGAGGCGCCGCGGGAGCGCCGGGGGCACCGGCGGGAGGAGCUGGCCCCGUACCCCAAGGGCAAGAAAGGCGGCCGCAAGGACGAGGAGCUGGACCCGAUGGACCCCAGCGCCUACUCGGACGCGCCGCGGGGCACCUGGUCCACGGGGCUGCCCAAGCGCAACGAGGCCAAGACGGGCGCGGACACGACGGCGGCCGGGCCCCUGUUCCAGCAGCGGCCGUACCCCAGCCCCGGAGCCGUGCUGCGCUCCAACGCCGAGGCCUCGCGCGGCAAGGACUGAGCCCCGACAGGGGCACCCCGAAACCGGGGAGACCCCGAAGCCGAGGACACCCUGAAACCGGGGAGACCUCAAAACCAGGGAGACCCCACAACCCCCACCCUGAAACCGGGGAGACCUCAAAACCAGGGACCCCACAACCCCCACCCUGAAACCGGGGAGACCCCAAAAUGGGGCACCCCAAAACCCUCACCCCAAAACCGGGAGACCCCAAAACCCCCACCCGUCCCCCCAGGAACCCCCAACUGCUGAACACCAACGCCAACAUGGGCACCCCAACAUGGGGCACCCCAAAACCAGGGAGACCCCCAAACCCUCACCCUGAAACUGGAGAGACCCCAAAACCAGGGAGACCCCAAAACUUCCAUCAGCCCCCCCAGGAACCUCCAACUGCUGCACGCCAACAUGGGGCACCCCAAAAUGGGCACCCCAAAAUCCCCAUCAGCCCCUCUGGGAACUCCACAAAGCCCCGGGCACCCCGGAACUGGGGCACCUCCAAAAUGGGGCACCCCAAAACUGGGGACAGCCUGGAACCAUCACUGUUCCCUCCAGGAAACCCCAAUGCUCCGGGCACCCCAAAACUGGGGGCACCCCAAAACCCGGGGCACCCCAAAACCCCCACCAGCCCCUCUAGGAGCCCCCCAAGCUCAGGGUCCCCCCAAAGUUCAGGGUCCCCCCAAACCUCCAAACCUGGGCUCUCCCCAAACCCCCGAGGGUCCCCCCAAACCUGGGGUCCCC